UUGCAGACAUGUUCACAAUUGAUAAAAACCAGUUUGAAACUAUCACUUGAGAUGAAACGUAAAAUGAGCACUAGCGAUUCAAGCAGUGUGGAUACAUCGAUUUGUAAAAAGAUUAAGCAAGAUGUGGAUACUAGCGAGGAUGAAAUGAUUACGAUUAAGCCGAAACGGUCCGCGACUUGCCUUUCACCGGAAGAUGAAGAUCGAAGACGUCGACGCCGUGAAAGAAAUAAAAUAGCAGCGACAAAAUGUCGAAUGAAGAAACGUGAGCGUACGGUGAAUUUGGUGAGUGAAGCUGAAACAUUGGAAACACAAAAUAUCGAUUUAAAGGCUCAAGUCCGCAGUUUGGAAAUCGAACGUCGAUCUCUUACCGAAAUGCUUCAAUUACAUGCCAAUUCAUGUACACGAAACGUCGGUUUUCAAUUACCGAAUAUCAAUGCCAACAUUUUGAAAUAUUUGAAUGAAAUCGGUUUGGUAAGUCCACCAACUGAAACAACCAACAGUAACAUCAUAAAUAAUGUUGUCACCAUAAAAAAUGAACCAGUUUUAAGAACGAGAAAUACAUCCAUAAAAACAACGCAAAAACUGCAAAAAAUCCCUUCUGUAAGUACAUUGAGAUUCAAUACGAGGAGUUCGCACCAAACAAAUAAAACACUGCGAACAACAAACGUCUUAAGUCCCGUUACAGCAGUCAAUACCUCCAGAAAUUGUAUCAUUGGAAGUGUGAGCAAUACAUCACCGAUACAAGAUUGUAAGCCUUUACCAUCAAUUGAUAUGGGUUUUUCGGAAGGAUCCAUUACUGAAAGCUUAACCUCAACAAGUAACUAUUGUAAAUCGCUAAUUUCAAGCUCAAGUGAUUGUUAUGCAAUCAGCAGUCCAGAUAGCGGUUUCAUUAAAUCACCAGUUGAUAUGGCAAGCUAUUCACAAAUGAUCAAAAGUGACUACAUUCCCAAUUGUGAUACUGGGCUAUUGAAUGAUACCGGCAAUGCAAACAGAUCAAUUGAAUUCAUUUUAAAAAGCGAAUUAGUUGACACAAAUGAGAGUCCGUACACAAACAUAAACAGUGCUGAUCGCUUUUUGUUCGAUGGAGUUACUGACACAUUCGAUCCAGAUAUGGAUACGACGGGUAAUUCGAGCAAUCCAUCAGCAUUGCUUGACGCCCAACCGCAAAUCCAUGGCGGAUUGAAAGAACAUUUGCUACUGCAAGGAAUGAAUAACAACAACAAUUCCAGUCACAUUAACAAUAAUCACCAUCAUCAUACACAUCUUGAUGCAAACACAAACCAAAAUAUGAUUCAAAAUUUCGGUACGGUACCCAAUUUGCCUGUGAUAUCUUCUGUGCUGCCGCCACCUCAUUCAACAUCUAUUAUUGAAUUUAAUACGUGCCAGCAAUUUAUUGACAGUUCCUUGUUGAAAGGUGAUUUUCUAAGUCAAAAUUGUGAAUUUCUCGAUUCACAAUUUACCACAGACUUGGACAGUGGAGUCACCACUUACACCAAUAGCAGCGGAUGCUUGGCCUGAUGGUUUUCCUUCAAUGCCGAUUGCGAUAACAUUGAAUUUUAACGAUUUUAUUAGAUCUUUAGGCUAAACUACACUUUACGACAUCCUCUUGAAAUCGAUUUUUUUCAAAAAAAUUAUUAUUAUUAGUUAUGAAAACGCUAUUAAACGAUUAAUUAAGG